CAGUGACCGACGAACAACUUAGUCCAGAGAAUGACGCGGUUGUCGAUGAUCUGCAUCAUGAUGGCUUGUGUUCUGCUGACACAUCUCGCUGAAAUCAAUAUGGCUGCGAAACCCACGAAAGUGCAACCACCAGUUGAUGAUGAAGUGUCAGCGAAAUCCCUAGACGCAAACAAAACUGCUGACAAGUCUCCUGCGAGGGCGAACGCCACAGAAGAGGAGGAUGCAGUGAAGGCGAAAGCAGAGAAGGUUGACGAGAAGGUGAAAGGCGUUGCAAGUGUGAAGUCUGUGAAUGGGACAUCCCAUCACACGAACGCAACCCAGGUGAAGGAUAAGAGCAAGUCGAAGGAAGGGAAGGGUAAGAAGAGCGUGAAAGACAAGAAGGACGAUUGUGAUGAUGACGACAAGGACGAUGAUGAUAAGGAUGAGAAGGACGAUGAUGAUGAGAAGGAUGACAAGAAGAAGAAGGAGGAGAAGCAGCUGAAGGAGCAGAAGAAGCAGGCGAAGAAGGCCGCUAAAGCUGCGAAGGCGAAGAAGGCCAACGGAACUCAGAAUGCGAGUGUAGACGCUAAGCAGGUGAAGAAUGUGAACGUGACGGCCAUUGGGAAGGAUAAUAAGACGACGGUGUAGAUGUAUGUUGUGUGGAGAUUGAUUUGAUUUCAGUGCAGGAGAGUGAUGGAUCGAAAUGACAUGUGUGCUCAUAUUGCUUUCAUUACAUAAUCAAUAAAAUCCUAAUAAAUGCCAGUCA